CUUUUUUAAAUUAUAUUAAGGGGAACUACAGAGGAAAAUAACUGAUAACUGACAACAUUUAUAUUAUUGUUCGAUAUAACCGAAUAUAUGUGUCAGUUCAUAGCAUCGUCAUUGGCUUUCAAGGAAAAAAAAUAUUGAUAGUAUCAGUAUUCAUAGCUGAGCCACCAAGGAUUGCGCGAAAAUUGAUUGAGCCCAAGUAUUUACAAAAAGAAAAUAAUUAUUAUGUCAAAAACGGUAUUAUGUGUUUUACUGAAAGUGUUAAUGUUAGCGAGAGCAGAUACCUUGUCAAAAUAUUCGGAUUCAGACUUCAUACAGAAUAACAAUUUACAAAAUUUUAAAUCUCAUCGGAGUCAUUUUGAUAGUGUGGGCAUGAGAAAUAAAGUUGAGAUUCCAUUUGCAAAUACAUCUGUGAUCUCAGAAUCUAUUGAAAGCAUUUUAAGCAAACCAACAUCUCCCAGAGCAUUUGUAGAGUUUCAUAAUGAAUUCCAAAAUGAAGAAAACAACAUUUCUGUGACAUUCAGAUGGAACCAACCUGAAUUUAGAGAGGAAGUAAUACAAGGAUAUACAGUACAGUGUUGGUUCAUCGAGAAUCAGAAAGAGAUUCAAAUCUGUGACAAAAGUGUCUCAGCUACAAUAUUGGAAUAUACGGUGAACAAUGUAAGACCUAACACGACGUACUGUUUUCAAGUACGAGCGCAUACUAAAAUUGGUGCUGGCCCUUACACAGAUUUGAUUGAUGCAUCGACGAUGCACGAAAAUCCAAUACCGCAAUUAUUGAUGGUAACGGAAAAUGGUAUCGACAUAUGGGAUCUGGAUUCAAAAAUUAACGUUAGCCUCGUUAAAGUUAAGAACAUUCAAUCUGCCACAUAUUCGAUAGCGGAACACAAAAUUUAUUGGAGCAACAAAGAGAAAGAGCUAAUGCUAUUUGAGAGGAAUGAAAACAAUAUUACAAGAAUAGUUAAGCUUCUAAAUAUUGCGUAUUUGCUCUGCAUUGACUGGAUAGCAAGAAAUCUGUACUGGUUACAAUUUGACUUGAAUAUAUCUAGUCUUUCAUCUAUGAUGAGGCUCGAUUUAACAAUGUGGGAAAAAGGCAUAGUGAAAUAUGAAAAAAUUUCGGAAAUAAUGCCUUUUAAAUUAGGCGGUUUUAAUGUACUACCGUCCCUAGGAAUUUUGUAUUGGACAAGUUACGUUGAUAAUAGAAAUCAGUUGAUGCAAUCUGAUCUUGACGGAAAUAACACUCAAAUUAUUGAGAAUAAUUUAUCUAUUAUAUGCCCCUUUUCACUCGGCAAGAACUCAAGAACGAUUAUCAUGAAAAUUGACGACAUGAAUUCUAAGAUGCCGCUAAUUUAUUGGUUAUCGUCCUAUUUUUUCUUUGUGACAGACAUUAAUGGUUCUAGAUGCAAUUUGAUUUUAGAAUACAAAAACGUCGGCCGUAAAACUUACUUUCUAUCUUUUGUAUUGGACAAGACAAACAUUUACAUCUCUACAUAUUUCAUAAAUGGAUAUGUGUAUAUUUUGAAAAAAGAAUACGCACUUCUUGAUAGCGUAGAUGCAUUCAAACAUAUCCGAAACAUGAGCAACAUAAAUGUGAGCAUAUCUGUAAAGUAUUAUGCUUUCGAGAAAUCUUUGCAAUCCUACCCUCCGACAAAAUGUUUGACACCUGACAAAAGAGUGUACAAGAUAGAAGAAGUGAAUGUAACAACCAACAGCAUCAUCAUAAAUCUUCCGGAACCAGUUCCUAAGAGUGGAUGCAAAAAGCACAACUUACCUGCCACUUUAUAUACAAUCAAUAUAAGCUAUUGUCUGGACAAAGAGUCUAACUUGUUCGAUAAUUUGACCGAGCAGACGUACGAGCGACAUUACGAGAUUCAGAAUUUGACGCCUCUUACAGAGUACAAGUUACUGCUAAUCCUAAGCAAUUUUUACUCCGAUCAGUUAUCGAUGGGCUCAUUAUUGGGCUCGGAAGUAACACUGAGAACUAAAGCAAGCAAGCUCGAUGCACCGGACAAUGUAACUGUUGAGGCUCUGACGCCUACUGUAGCGGCAGUUUAUUGGAUACCACCGAAGAAAUUAAACUGCAUUCCCGUAUUCUACAAAAUAUACUGGACCUUAAUUACUAACAAUACGCGAGAAAUAAGCGAGUCUCUAGUUGUCAAUAAAAUUGAAUAUAAGCUAAACAAUAAAUAUUUACAGCAAAUAAUUGAAUCAUUGUUACCGGGACAAGUGUACUGGGUAUAUGUACGCAUUUAUCUAGCCAACUAUAGCGAUCUUUAUACUAAUAGUUUGAGCAAAACCUUAUACAUGUAUCCGGAACCAAGCAAUAUAACUUUGAACAAAGUUAGCAGAAACGGUAUGAAUAUCUCGUGGAUUCCUAGCGUUAAUUUGACAAUUUAUUACGUUAUGCAAUACAGAAAUGUUGAGGCACAGAAGUGGCAAAUUGCAAACAACUUUGAGCCGAAUAAUGAGGGGACAGUAAUGUAUUAUAUAAAAAACUUAUUACCAGAAACUCUAUACGAGUUUCGUUUGAUACUCAGAUACCCUAACUACGAGAAAGACUAUAUAUGGCCAUCUGAUGGACGAUUUAUUUUUCCAACACUGACAAGUGGAACAUCAGUUAUGCGAUAUUAUCUAUCAUUUAUCGUAAGCUUGAUUGCAAUGCUUACUAUAAUCUGCAUCUACUACUUUUAUUACUUAUACCGACAACGCAAAAGAGACAGCGAGCAAGUUUUGUCUUCGACAAUGACCAACAUCGAAUUAGCGAUUCUACAUGAGAUACCUGAUGGUAACCUUCAAUUUAAUACGUUAUAUAGUCCUAUGCUGCAAUAUAAUUCGGAUGAAUAUGAAUUCAUCAAAAUCAAACGUGAAGAUAUCAGAUUAGAAAAACUUUUAGGCAGCGGCACGUUCGGAUUGGUGUUUCAAGGAAAAGUAAAAAAUUUAAAAAGAUCGGGCACAGAGAUAUCGGUUGCCAUAAAAACGCUUCGGAAAAACGCUUCGUCGCAAGAAAAAAAGAAGUUUUUAAAGGAAGCCAGGCUUAUGAAUCACUUCUGUCAUAAACAUGUGCUACAAUUGCUGGCCAUUUGCUCAGACGAAGAUUCUCCAUUGAUCAUAUUGGAAUUAAUGGAAAUUGAUCUACUACAAUAUUUGAAGGAUAGUCGAAAAUUGCAACCGUCAGAUUCGCACGCUCUGCGUCUGCACGAUUUGUUCGCCAUGUGCGAAGAUGUUGCGCGUGGCUGCUGCUACCUGGAAAAUCUGCGUUUCGUUCACAGAGAUCUCGCGUGUCGAAAUUGCUUAGUCUCCGCGAGAGAUCGCGAUAACCGUGUCAUUAAAAUUGGCGAUUUUGGAUUAGCUAGAGAUGUUUACAAGGAUGACUAUUAUCGCGUGAAAGAACGAGCUCUUCUUCCCGUUUGCUGGAUGGCACCGGAAUCUUUGGUGAUCGGAAUAUUUACUUCUCAGAGUGACGUUUGGUCAUUCGGUGUUUUAAUGUGGGAAAUUACAUCGUUGGGUGAACGUCCCUACACUGGCAAGACUAACGAGGAAGUGAUAGAUUAUGUACGCGCUGGAGGCAGGUUGCCAAUGCCUGUCAAUUGUCCACCGAUUUUGUACGAGUUGAUGCUGCGUUGCUGGAGUCCUGCGGAUCAUAGACCAAACUUCAAAGUUUGUCUCAAAAAUAUUGUAGCUUUAAAAAGUGACAUGGACGAUACCUUGCUGAGUACAGUGGAUAUUAUUUAGCCGAUAAAAUAAUAUUAAUUAAUGAUUUUAUUUUCCAAAUGAUCCAAUGAGGAGCUCAACAUAAGAAAAAUCAUUUAAAAUAAUUAAUAUUCUGCCGUUUUUAAGUUUACUCUUACAAGUGUAAAUAAUAUAGCUGACGCUAUUAUUUUUAGAUAAAUAAAACAAGAUCUAAUGGUUUUGAUUAUUAUAAUUAUUGAUAAAUUGUUACGGUUAUUUUAGAUAAAAUACACAAUUAUA